AUGACCAGCCGACUCCCAGCUCUAGCUGCGCGCGCGGGAUCCAGCCUAGCGGAGUGUAGCGAUUCGCAAAGCAACGCUCGCACGCAGUCGUCCAUACCGGCGCCUCCCGAUUCGAAGCCUUCCAACCUGAAGAGAGCGAUCGCUCCAUCAACACUCCAGCCCGAUGCGAAACGAAAACAUUUGUCCGAGCAGGCCGCCCACUAUCCGGCCAAAUCCUCCUCGCUGCCAACUGUGAAUCCUGCUCGCUCAAGCAUCAGGGGUCAAACCUUGUCAGCAAUCUCACAGCUGAAACAGCAACAACCGUCCCGGUCCCGCGGUCAGUCGACAGUUGCCUCCAACAUCAACAACUUUGCCAAGAGUAUUGGCCCGGGCCGAAGCAUCGACCUCGGCCGGUCAACGGCGGCGCCAUCGACCUCGGGUGUUCGUGCCCCGAACAGCCGGACAAAAUCGCAGACACCACGGCCGCGAACGGUGCAGGGACAUCGCGAAGAACACGUUGGCGACACGUCAAUUGGAAGCGGUAUGGCUUACCUUCCCGAAAUUUCCAGUAGUCGAAAGACCGCCCUCGAGCCGUUCCAGGCGCCUCAAGUCGAGGAGAGGAAUGACCAGCGAUGCUUGUCCUGCACAAGUGAAAGUUCCUUGACAACCGGGACCAAGCUGGCCUGGGGGGUUGAUGGUCCCCUUUUCGAAACGCGUCAAGUGACAACCGAGCUCCGUCCGCAAGGCGGCAUCGACAGAUCUUCCUGGGAUGUCGACGGACGAGUCGACGUUGUCGAGUCGCAGAUCAAGAAGCUCAAGGACAUGGUCGAAUCCACCGUCAUGCAACGCAGGGAUGAAGAGGACGCAUUUCAGUCGGUAAAGUCUCGCAGUAAGUCGGAUGGAGACCGGCCGCGGUUCAUGUCGCUGAUGCGGGAGGUAGUUUCCGAGCUUGAAAACGAGCGAAAGAAGCUGGAAGAACGAAAUGAGCAAUUGGAGAAGGAGCUAGAUGCGAUCAAGGAAGAGAGACGCGAACUGCAUCACGAGAUGGAGAAGCAGCAAUGGAACCAGACGCGCAAUAUGGACGAUCUCGAAAGACGGCACCAAGACAGGGUUGAGGAACUGUCGCGACAACAUCGAAUGACGGUGGAGGAUCUGAGCCGUGAGCUGGACCAGCUUAGAGACCAGCAGUCGAAGGAGCACCGGCAGCAAAUGGAUGCUCUGCUGCGCCAACAUCAACAGCAGCUCGAGGAGGAACGGCAAAAAAAGGAUGGGGAAAUACAGGACAUCAGGCAGCGGAUGAGCUUCGAGCUUCAAGACCUGGACGUUGUGAUGCAGCGCAAGGAGCGAGAGGCCCAGGAUAUUAAGUCGCAACUUGAGAACCUGCGAGCGGACAUGGAUCGCGAGAACUUGCUCCGAGGCAGUCUGCAAGCAAAAAUUUCAGAGCUGUCGGCGGCCAACAUGACGCUCGAGGCGAAGAUCAACUCGCUCAAGUCGCACGUCGAGUUCCUCGAGUCCGACAGCAAAGCGCAAUCGGAUUCAUUUUCCAACAUGGAGAAGAGGCUGCAGGAUGCACUGUUCGCGGCCGACGAGGCGAGACGGAAGCUGAUGAAGGAAGAAACCGAGCGACGCGUCCUCUUCAACAAGUAUCAAGAACUCAAAGGCAACAUCCGCGUCAUGUGCCGCGUCCGGCCCGUUCUUGGCGACGGCGAGGGAGAAGAGGCCAGGGUUUCGUUUCCGGACGACAAGACUUCGGCCGAAAUCGUCUUGGCCGGUCCGGAGGAGCGGAGCAGCCUGGGGCAGGUCUCGAGGAAGAACUACCCGUUUGAGUUCGAUCGCGUCUUCACGCCCAACACGCCCAACGAGGACAUCUUUGGCGAGAUCUCGCAGCUUGUUCAGAGCGCCCUCGACGGUUACAACGUGUGCAUCUUCUGCUACGGCCAAACGGGUUCCGGGAAAACGUACACCAUGUCGUCCGAGGACGGCAUGAUCCCGCGCGCGACGCACAUGAUCUAUGACACCAUGACGGAACUUCGAGAAAAGUCGUGGGAGUACACGAUGGAGGGGUCCUUUGUCGAGGUGUACAACGAGGAGCUCAACGACCUGUUGACGCCCCAUGACCGCAGCUCACCCGAGGGCAAGGCAAAGAAGCUAGAGAUACGGCACGACGAAGUUCGGAAGCAGACGUCCAUCGUCAACUGCCGGUCGGUCCAGCUGAACUCGGCGGCAAGCGUGGAAAAAAUGCUGGAGCAGGCGCAGAGCAACCGGUCGGUGGCGGCGACCAAGGCCAAUGAACGAUCGUCGCGGUCGCACAGCGUCUUCGUGCUGAAGCUCGUGGGCGAGAACUCGGCUACAGGCGAACGGUGCGAGGGCACGCUCAACCUCGUGGACCUGGCCGGGUCGGAGAGGCUGAAGCACUCGCAAGCCGAGGGCGAGCGGAUGAAGGAAACGCAGAGCAUCAACAAGAGCUUGAGCUGCCUGGGAGACGUCAUCGAGGCGCUGGGCCGCGGCUCCGGACACGUGCCGUACCGCAACUCGAAGCUGACGCACCUGCUGCAGUACAGCCUCGGCGGCAACAGCAAGACCCUCAUGUUCGUCAUGGUAUCGCCGCUGGAGGUGCACUUGAAGGAGACCUUGACGAGUCUGAGGUUUGCCACCAAGGUGCACAACACCCACAUCGGAACGGCAAAGGCGACGAAGAAGACGAAAGGCGCCGAAUGA